AUGGCGAAUUCAUUCUCAUUGCCGACGAUUAACGACAAUCCGGAUGGCGGUUGGGGACCCUCGUCGUCAAACCUUCCUGCCCAGUUCAAAUUCAAGGAUAUUCCUUACGCCCCAUACUCAAAAUCUGACAAACUCGGACGCUUCGCCGACUGGAACGAUAUCUCUGGUGACAAUCGCCCGACGAAUGCAGGCCUCGCGUCAGCACAGGGAAACCGCGGUGGCGGUCCCGGUGGCCGGGGCAGGCGAGAUGGCCAACCAGCAUUCGGAAGUGGCACUGCGAGUGCCUUCGCGUAUUUCCAUGCGGAAGAUGAAUCCAGCUUCUCGCUCGUGGACAACAAGGCGAACACCACUCGCAGAGGAGGUCCCCUCUCUAGAGGCAGAUCGACUGGGAGGGGAGGGGCAAAUGCCGGCAGGGGAGGUGCUCAAAGAGGAGGACGUGGUGGAUUUGGGGGAGGACGCGGUGGUGCUCAGCGUGGUGGGAGAAGGGGCUGGAGAGACUGGGACAAGAACAAUCGUGCCCGUGAGUCUUCCGUGGCCAUCUCUCCCGAUUGGAGUAUGCUGGAAGAAAUCGAGUUCCAUCGCCUCGCCAAGCUCCGGCUGGAAGUGGAUGAUCCAGAAGAUUUAGAGUCGUAUGGACGUGUCUUUCCCUAUGAAAAGUCUUACGAUCGUAUCAACACGAAGACCGAGAAACCGCUGCAGUUGGUCGACCGCAUCAAGUAUAAUACCACAACGUCUGACGAUCCAGUCAUUCAAGAGUUGGCAGCAAAAGACACAGCGACUGUGUACACGACAGAUGUCAUUCUCAGUGUUCUCAUGUGUGCACCUAGGUCCGUGUACCCAUGGGACAUUGUCAUCGUCCGCGAAGGGAACCGGCUCUUCUUCGACAAACGUGAUGGCGGUCCAUUUGACACUGUCACUGUCAACGAAAAUGCUGCUGAUCCUCCGCAAGAUCCGACUACCGUUAAUCCCAACAAUCCAAAUGAGAAGAUCGUCGUGCCAGAGACUCCUUCCAUCAAUUCUGCCACUUCGCUGUCGCUCGAAGCCACCUACAUCAAUCAAAACUUCGGCUUCCAGGCUGUCAUCGAAACCCCCCCACCACCUUCAGUUGACUUUGCGAAGCCCAACCCAUUUUACGGUCCGGAUGAGACAGAGCCCCUAGCAUCAUGCGGUUACCGUUACCGUGUCUUCGAUCUUGGACUGACAGAGGACGAGGACAUCAAAAUUUGUGUACGGACGGAAGUUGAUGCCUACUCACCCGGCCAGGGCAAUCCUCGUCUUGGUCAAGGUUUAGUAACCAUUCGAGCGCUAAACGAAUUCGACCCUCGGGCCCAGGGUGCGGGUGGUGCACCCGACUGGCGCACAAAGCUCGAUCCUCAACGUGGUGCUGUUGUUGCGACAGAGAUGAAAAAUAACAGCUGCAAACUUGCCAAGUGGACGGUGCAGAGUGUUCUCGCUGGUGCAGACCUCAUGAAGGUUGGGUAUAUUUCCCGUGCAAAUCCCCGCGACAAUACGCGCCACGUUAUCUUGAGUACAACUUCCACACGGCCCACGGACUUUGCUGCUCAGCUGAACGUCUCCCUUGCAAAUGGAUGGGGAAUCGUGCGAACGGUCACUGACCUGUGCAUGAAACAGCCCGAGGGAAAGUACGUGUUGGUCAAGGAUCCAAACAAGCCCGUCAUUCGGCUGUACUCUGUCCCGCUUACUGCCUUCACGGUGGAGGAGGAAGACGAAGACGCCGCCUUCGACGCAGAGGAACAUGAGUCUACCCCUGGCGCUUAA